AUGGAAACAAAAAGCUUCUCAGACCAAAAACUUUCAUUAGAUAGGAAGGAAGAGCUAUUAGAAGAUGCUAGAAAUUGGAAACCAACUCAGGAGACAGGAGACUAUAGGAAAGAAGGUGCCAGUAGUGGAGGAGGCUUUGCUCUCAGAGAUAAAGCACUUGUCAGCAAACUUCGUAGUGCUGGAUGGGAGGCUAUUAAAAGGAUUGGUAAACAACUCCUUGGAGGUAGACUUAACCUUAUUGGGAUUGCUUUUCCAUUCAAAUGUGCUGCUGAUUAUUCAAUGCUUGAAGCAUUAGCUGGAAUGGCAAGGGUGAAUCCUUACAUUAUGAAUGCGGCUGCUCUAACUGAAGAUCCAAUUGAAAGAAUUAAACUUUUGCUCACUGCUUCUGUUUCACAUAUGGAGGUUUGUAACACCUUUGAGAAGCCUUUGAAUCCAGUUAUGGGUGAAACAUACCAUGCUUAUCUUGAGGAUGGAACCCAGAUCUUCUGUGAGCAAACCUGCCAUCAUCCUCCGAUUUCUCACAUUUUGAUUGAAGGACCAGACAACCUUUAUGAAUUCUCAAUGUACACUGGUUACAGUGCUAAAGCUGGAUGGAACUCUGUUAAAGUAAAUGUAAUUGGAAACAAAACGAUCAAAUUCAAAGACGGUACUUCAAUCACAUGGAACAACAUGGAAGACCAAAUUAAUAGCACUCUGUAUGGAACUAUGGUUAGACAAGUCAUUGGCCGUCAAGAUUAUAAAGAUGAGAAAAAUCAUAUUACUGCCUACAUUGAAACAGGUGCUAAGAAAGUGCAGGAUUACUUGAAAGGAAAUAUCUGCCAGUAUGGACAAGAAAUAUACACCAUCAAUGGAAACUACAAUGGGUACCUUGAAUUCAAUGGAGAAAGGUAUUGGGACAUUAGAGAAACAAAAGUAUUCGAUAUAAUACCAUCUCCUGCCUCAUCCACUCUUCCUUCUGAUUCUCGUUGCCGUAUUGACCUCAUUGCAUGCAAAGCAGAAGACAAAGACAGUGAUAUCCCUCAAGAUAAGAAAGAUGAAUUAGAAGAUCUUCAGAGACACGACGCCAAGCUCAGGAAGGCUGUUGGAGAUUAUAGAGCUGAGAAUCCAGGGGCGAAGUUCGUAGAUAUAUCUCUUCUUAAAAUUUAG